GCUCGUGUCUCGGCCAUUUUUGUUGCGUCGACAUCAGUGUGCGGCCAGGGGCCUCUCGCGCUUUCCUAGCAUACAGUUUAGCCAUUUAUCUUUGGAUUUUCUCCGCAUCGCGUGUAUCGAGGGACUGAUCCGACACGUGCCGUUUUUCGGUUAAUCGAUAAAAGCCGUCGGCCGUCACGAAAUCGUUGGCGAGCGUAAAUCAAGUCCGCGAGACAACAAAGACAGAGGUAGCGCGUUGGGACGCGUCGGGAACUUUUUCGGCUCAAGUGAAGCGCGUGUGUGUGUGUGUUAGAGAGGACGAGAGCUAAAAGGGCUUCAAGCGACAGAGCUGCGAAAACUACGCACCGAGGCAGAGUAAUAUGAGUAAUGCAGCCAACCAGAAUGGAUCAGGUCUAGAGCAGCAGUUAGCUGGUCUGGACUUGCAGGGCUCCCGCCAGGGUCGCUACGUUCCACCGCAUCUUCGUCAUAAAACUGCAAGUAAUCCACCUGCAGAUUUAAAUUACUCUUCCAACGCAAGACCGUUUAGCGACAGAGACAGAGGUGGAGAUCGCGAUCGAGAAAGGGACCGAGAUAGGGGUAGAGGUGGUGCUUAUCGAGAGUCACGAAGUCCUCGCGACGUCGAUUUCGCGAACUUUGGGAGCUUCGGCGGGCGCAGCAGGCGCAGUCAGGAAAAUGGAAGGGAUUUCAGAUAUCCCAAUUCUGAGCGCGAUCGAGCAAUUAGUGGUAAUGAUCGCUGGCAGGAGCCUACUAGAAAUGAUCGCUGGCAAGAGAAUAGAACUGAUAGGAUGGGAAGUAGUAGCGGAAGAUGGGGCGACGAUAGAGGUGGCAGGGGCGGAAGAAGCGAGGUCGACUGGACGAUUCCGACUGCCAAGGAUGAACGAUUGGAGUUGGAGCUGUUUGGUACUGGCAAUACUGGGAUUAAUUUUAGCAAAUACGAGGAUAUCCCAGUUGAGGCUACCGGAGAAAACAUACCGCCACACAUCACAUCUUUUGAUGAGGUUAAGCUGACAGAGAUAAUAAAGAAUAGCAUCGCCUUGACAGGAUAUGACAAGCCUACACCAGUGCAGAAAUACGCGAUACCGAUCAUCAUCGGGCGCCGUGACGUGAUGGCCUGCGCUCAAACUGGGUCCGGAAAAACAGCGGCCUUCCUAGUGCCAAUAUUGAAUCAAAUUUACGAGAGUGGGCCGCGACCGCCACCAGCACAGGCGAAUUCCUCUGGUAGACGUAAACAGUAUCCGUUGGGUCUAGUAUUGGCUCCCACGAGGGAACUCGCUACGCAGAUAUACGACGAGGCGCGGAAAUUCGCGUACCGAUCGCGUAUGCGUCCCGCGGUCGUAUACGGCGGUUCCAAUAUAGUAGAGCAAAUGCGCGAAUUAGAUCGCGGUUGCCAUUUACUUGUGGCGACGCCGGGACGUCUAGUGGACAUGUUGGGACGCGGUAAAAUCGGCUUACACAAUUGCCGUUAUUUGGUUCUGGACGAGGCAGAUCGCAUGCUGGACAUGGGUUUUGAGCCGCAAAUAAGACGCAUCGUCCAAGAAGACAACAUGCCACCCACUGGAGAGAGACAGACUCUCAUGUUCUCUGCUACUUUUCCAAAAGAGAUUCAGAUGUUGGCCAGAGAUUUUCUUAGCAAUUACAUUUUCUUGGCUGUUGGUCGGGUGGGUUCGACCUCCGAGAAUAUUACGCAAAAAAUUGUAUGGGUGGAGGAACAUGACAAACGUUCAUACUUGCUUGAUUUGUUACAAGCGAACAACUUUUCGGAUGCUUCCGCAGAGUCACUUACUUUAGUGUUUGUGGAGACAAAGAAAGGAGCCGAUAUGCUUGAAGAAUAUUUGGCCUCAAUGGGAUAUCCAGUCACUAGUAUUCAUGGCGACAGAACCCAACGCGAACGAGAGGAAGCCUUGCGUCGUUUCCGCGCGGGCAAAGCGCCGAUUCUGGUCGCAACUGCAGUGGCAGCGCGUGGUCUCGAUAUACCACAUGUUAAACACGUCAUCAAUUUUGAUUUGCCUGGUGACGUUGAGGAAUAUGUUCAUCGCAUCGGCCGUACUGGUCGUAUGGGCAAUUUAGGUUUGGCCACUUCGUUCUUCAAUCAUAAAAAUCAUAAUCUGAUACGCGACUUGGUGUCUCUGCUUAUCGAAGCCAAUCAAGAACUUCCACCCUGGCUGGAUGACAUGUAUACCGAAGCUAGAUAUUCUGGAAGCGCUGGGACUCGACGUCCCACCAACACCAAAGGACGUUUCAGUGGUGGCGGUUUUGGUGCAAGAGAUUAUCGUCAACAACCCAGUUCUGCAUCUGGUCGUAGUAAUGGACCCUCUAGACCUGGCGGUUAUGGAGGUGGUUAUUCAAGUUACGGAGGUAAUUAUAAUUCAUCGUACAAUAAUUCCACUAACAAUGGCAAUAGUGGCCCUGAUUGGUGGGGAGGAUGGGACAAGUAGACGAUUAUUUCCAUCUCUAUUUCUACUUCUAUCAUUAUUAUUAUUAUUAUUACUCUACACGCAAAUUCAAUUAUAUGUAAGGAAAACACACGACAUUAUUACGUCUGACACUACAAGCACGUGUUUUGCGCGCGUUAUACAUAUGCGCAAAGUACAGACAGUUUCAUGUAUAAUACAUAUUCACGUUUUUGCUAACUGCCUGUGCACAUCGAUUUUUCGAUGAAAAAGCAGAAAAAGAAUACUUAUAUUUUAAAUUUCCACUAUAUUACAUUUGUUUAUGCGCAACAUUGUGACAAAUCCUGUGUGCAAUUUAGUAUUCGUACCGGUGGAUCACCGGGGAAUAUCUCGAACGUAAAUGAUCUCACCAUACAAAAAUGCGAGUAUCAUAAAUGGGAUUUGUUCAACACUAUUAGUUAGAGAUCCAUCUAACAUUUCGUUGCCGUGCGUGCUGAGAAAUACACGUAGUAUAUAAUCACUAACGAAUCAAAUCGAUAAAUCGUUAAUGCCUGUUCGAAGGUAAUAACGAUGUAACACAUAGUAGGUGGUGAAACUUAGUAAAAUUUUUUAGAACUCCUGUCGAGACUAUAUGGGGCUCAUUGUAGCUUUAUUAUUUUCUUUUUUUUUUCUUUUUCUCAUAGGGGUGCGGUGGGCAUAUCUUCGGUCUGUCAAUGCUCGACACUAUUGCAAAACGUUUUAUAAUAAACGCUUUUUAUUGUCUUUGCUAUUAUAAUGGCCAGUAGAAGAGUCGCGCAGUUUUCUUUGAAUGCAUGACAUAAUAUUUUGGUUACAUAUAUGCACGUUCAGUAAAUGCCUAGGAUAUGCCGAAUCACCGUCACCACCAUAGAUUACAUGACGAUUCCUUAUUAUUAUUUUUUUUUCUUAAUUUACUGUGUAGUUCAGCGACGAAUGGUACUUUGUUGUUUUGCCGUCCCCAGAGACAGAUGUUGCGCCGGCAAUAUCAUAAGUUUUAAUUGAAUAAGCCACGUGAAUUUUUCGGGGAUCGAGAGUUUCGGUAUCGGCGAAAAAAUGGCAAUACACAUACACAGGCUACGUCUUAAGAUACUUUUAGAAAUCUUACAUUUUUGUUAUAGUCUGAUAUAUGUACACACACUCUCUAUCAAUUAUAAUUUAGUAAAUUUCAAGACGCUUAUGCAAUUUACAGCUAAUAAAGUUAUUUUGAUAACUUUGGCUAUUGCAGUGGAACCUCGAUAUGCACGACAUUUAUAUAAUCUAACUUAUAAACGCAAGAGAGUUUUUCCAUUUCUCAAUUGUCAUAACAAAAUAUAAGUUUUAUUUAUAUAAAAAAAUAAUUUUGUUUACAUACAAUUUUCUUUUUAUUGCCAUCUAUUUCAGUUGCGUACAUUCAAGUAAGCACUAUAAAUGAUGAAAAAAUUCUUUUUAAGGUUCCUAGUCUCUUAUGAUAUACUAGUUUAUAUUGAAUUAUGAAGAAGUGAAAAAUCAUACGAGUUUUUUUCUUGUGAAAUACAUUGAAAUACAUAAGUUUUUUGAAUAUCGUCACUCAUAUUCGAUAAUAUAGAUCAGUAAAAUAUGAAAACUCCUUUUUGUUAUCUUGCAUUAAUAAAUGCAUGUAUAUAACUUAUCCAUACAUGUUCUACAUUUUCAGCAAAAAUGGAUCUUACGACGACUCAAGAUUUAUAGUUAUUUAUUAAUUCACGAAUUAAAAAGAGAGGUUUCAAUGUAUUUACUAAUCAAUAUUAUCAAACACGAAUAUGGUUGCUCUCUGAUAUCAUAAUUCAAUAUAGCUGCAGUGAGGAUACACAGGAGCCUUAAUCAAAAAUAUUAAAAAGAUUAAAAAGAGAAAAAAUAUACAAUAUGGAGGUUUCACUGUAUAAGAACGGCUAAAUAUGUAUGUUUUAGUGGAAAGCAGGUAUAUAUAAAUAUUUUAUGUACCUGAACUGUCUUGAGUAGUUCUACAGACAGAACUGCGUUGAUCCUACAUAGAACUGUGCUUCGAACAGCAUUUCUAAAUGUAACGGAGACGUUGCCCUGCGAAAUUGGUACGGCGCUUUAUAAAAAAUCUUAGUCUACAAUACACACACCGAGUGUGAAUGUGUGAGAGUGCUCAUGAAAGAUAAAUUAUAUUGAGACGGGUUAAAAAUACGGUUGCAGUUACAGAGGGGUAUUAAAACCUGCUAUAAUAGCAAAGAGGAAGAGAUAGUGGGCUCAACUUUAUUACAAAAAAAAAAAAGGAAAGAAAACAAACGAAAGCCCCUUGAAUAAGGAGAUACACGGGGCGCACUCAUAUUAUUUUCUAGCUGUAUUUAUCAGUAUGAUAUACGCGCUAUAUAUAAAUACAUACAACUAAAAUAAUUGAAAAAACGACUGUGAUAUCGAACGAUCUUGUGACAUUCAAUUUCCACGCGAAUUGAUAAAUGUGAACAAUUAACGGAAUAACAAAAUGCAUUAAAUGUAUUACAUUAAUCAGGUAUUGAAUGUCGGGAAGGUACUAGCUCAGUUUGAACUGAGAACGGAAUAUUAAGUCGUUAACAGUAACACACACAAGACAACGUGGCUGUUGUCCGAUCAGGGGAGGGCUGAACGCUAGGCUCUUGCGGUCUCAAGGGACCUUCCUAGGGCAUUGUUUCUGCUUAAAAUAAUGCGCAUUAUAAUGAUAUAUAGAUGAGCUCGAGCGAGAGUCAUUACCGAUUGAUAAUGAUGGUGUUGGUAGGGCUUUAUAGGAUGUCGAUAUCGUUUUGUGCAAACGUCGGAUUCUUAUCUAUCUAAUCUACCGCGCGAGAGGGGGGGGGGGGGGGGG